GAGCCAAGAAGACAGGCAUGAUGGAUCGGGCGAUCGCACCGCGGAGAGCACAAACGCUAACCGAAACGUCCCGGUGGCGGCACGCGGUCGCCUGCCGCACGCAUGUGCGUUUGUACAAAGGGCUCACGCGCUGGAGAUUGCGCGAAGUCGGCGGCGGCCACCUUCUGCGCCCAUGCCGCGGCGGUUUCUGCCGUUGCGCCAAUUAGCGCGCCACACGAGCGAGCUGGCGUAAUGAGGCGCGCGCUUACUCCGGCGUCGCGGCUUCUAUAGCGCGCAGUGUAUACCGGCGUCGCGUGAGCCGCAAUGCCGAGGUUGUCGUGGUCCUGGCAUACGUGCAACACUGUAUCGUCCUUAAACCGCUCGUUCGAGCCACUCCUUGUUCUUGGGGCAGUUUGUGCCGUUUUCGGCCUUCAAUCCAUCGUUCGGGAACGCAGGAGUGGUUAUGUACUCCACCCGCAGGAAGGUUGCCAGUUUAUUUGCUUCCUUUGGCGUAAAAGUAGCUCGUUAUCGCUAGCGACAGCUUGAGUGAGCUUAAUCAUAAUACGUCGCUUGACAAGAAAGCGUCUCGUUGCAGUGAAAUCAGUCCUACUGUCCUUCAGGCUUGAAAGGUUGCCCGCUAACCUGUAGGGCAACUAUGAGGCACUGGUUGUUUAACUCACUCUUGAAGCCGAGCCACACUGCUGUGAACGGGGACGCCACGAAUUUCUCAUUCGACACGACCUUCAUUCCAUUAAAAAAACAUAGUCAAGGUAACUAGUAAGCGACGCGACACGUGAAAGAAUGCCAGCACUGGAAACUGUGUCAAUCUUGAUUUCUUUGAUCGUCAUUUAAGUACCGGCCAUUCUAGGCAACAGCGAGUCGUUGAAAAGGGAAUAAGGUUUCUACAAAGUUAGAAAAGUGAAAUCGAGCAUAAAUAGCAUGCAGAAGGCGUUAAAGUGCGCACAACAAAUAUUUGAGAAGUUGAUUUUACGCUCUAGCGCCUGAAAAAAAAAAGAAAAAAAAUAACAGACUCUCUAGUGGUGCUGACAGGCGCUUCCUAUCACAUAAAGUCCUCCUGCAAAACGUCCUGCCACACGUCAUGUGCUCUAAAUGUGUGCGUGCUUUUUUUUUAUUGCCUCCUGCAGGUCUCAUGAGCACUAACCUGGCCAACUGUCUGUCGGUGAAGCUGGACCAGCCAAAGGUUCCGCCCAUCGACUACUCCCGCUACGUGCGCAGGUACUCCAGCGCGACCCAGUGUGGCAGCAAUUACUGCAAAGACCUCAACUACCGGGAGCACUUCCACUGCCUCGACUGCAACUCCAGGGUCUUUGUGAAGAAGGAAGAGAUGAUCCGGCACUUCAAGUGGCACAAGAAGCGAGACGAGUCCCUGCAGCACGGCUUCCUGCGCUACAGCCCCAUGGACGACUGCUCGGAGAAGUUCCCCAACUGCGCCCACAACAGGAAGCAGACGCACUACCAUUGUCUAAAGGAUAACUGUGACAAGGUGUACAUUAGCACGUCAGACGUUCAAAUGCACGCCAACUACCAUCGUAAGGACUCGGCCAUCAUCCAGGAAGGCUUCCAGAGGUUCCGCGCCACCGAGGAUUGCAACACUCCGACGUGCCUCUUCUACGGGCAGCGGACCACGCAUUUCCACUGCCGUCGACCAGGCUGCAAGACCACCUUCAAGAACAAGGCUGAUAUCGAGAAGCACAAGACGUACCACAUCAAAGACGAGCAGCUGAACAAGGACGGCUUCAAGAAGUUCAUGAAGCACGAGCACUGCUCGUACGAGAACUGCCGGUUCUCGCGCAUCUGCAACCACAUCCACUGCAUCCGGCCGGGGUGCAGCUACGUGCUGCAUUCCAGCGGGCAGCUGUACUCCCACAAGCGCAAACACGAGCGCCAGGACACCGAGAUGGCCUACCGCAAGUUCAAGCUGGCCCAGAGUAUGCUCAAGAGCUACGGGCAGCCCGGCGACUUACCUCCCGGAAUCACCGCCGAACAGCUGGCCCUGUGCGAGCAGAGCUUGAGCAGCUCGCCCGUGCAGAGCAUGUUCCCCGGCGGCGUGCCCUCCGGAACGUCGCCACUUCAGCAGGGUGCCAACAUCGGCACCGCUACGCCCGUGACGACAGCGUCUGGAGGAGUAGGAAGCCUGGGCCCCGCCGCGGACUCUAAGGGUCUCGUCGGCAACCACCACCACCACCACCAUCAGCAGCAACAGCAACAGCAGCAGCAGGCGCUGUCGUUCGACGGCACCAAGCAGCUCGGCAGCAUGGGCCUCAGCAGUAACGGCGGUAGCGGCUCGGCGCCGCAGCCCGGCGCGUCCGACGCGAGCCAGCAGCCCAAAGCGCACAACAUGCUCGACCCGGCGUUCCUGUCGGCGUUCCUGCCCAACGCUUCGGGCGUGGGCGCCGCCAUGCACCCGGGUCUGGCGUUCAACUUUGCGACCAGUCAGGGCUUCGGCAGCAGCGCGAAAGAGGACGACGGCUGCGCGCCGCCGAGCAACGGUCAGAGGGCGCUCGACGCCGCCAGAGAUGCGGCGAAAGUGGAGGAGACCUGGCAGCGGUACAUGGUCAGGUACUCGCCAACGGAUCUAUGCCGACCCGAAUGCGAGUUUAUCUACCGCGAGCAUUAUCACUGCACCACCGACAACUGUUCCAUGGUUUUUCCUGGAAAAGACAUUGGAGGAGUUCAAGAACAUGCGAAGAAUCAUGAGCAUCAGGAUCAGAUUACGCAGUGCUUCUACCACACUGUGGGAAAGAGCAUCGAUGGAGAAUGCCCACCUGAUUGCCCCUUCACAUUAAAGGAAAAGCACUACCAUUGCCAAUGGGAUGGUUGCAGGGACAUUGUGAGCAGUACUGACAAGCCCUUUCGGCGGCUGGACCACUACAAAAUGCACGAGUACACGACCAAGUUGAGCAUGUCCAGGGACCAGUUCAGUGCCAUCCCAUCGGUGCCCAUAGACGGUGUCUUCAGGCGCAAGCGGGGACGGCCACCAAAGAACCGCAUGAUUGAGUUCCCGCUCGGCCCCGCUUCACCUCACCUGUCGCAAGCGAUCUACGCGAGCUUCAAGCUUCCCAAGCCUGGAUCUAGUCAAAACAUGCCCACCCUCUUCCCACCGUUCCAAGGACCGGGCGGCACCGGUGGUCUCCUAGGGAUGCCCGGCCCUUCCAGCAUGCCUCGCAUGCCGCUGGGCUCCGGUGGGAUGGACUUCACAGUCGAGAACCAGCAGGCACUGCAGUUCCUCCAGCAGCACCAGCACAUCCAGGAGAAGUUGCUGGAGCAGCAGGAGAAGCACUCUGCUGAACAGGCUGCUCUGAUGGCAAUCAAAGCCGAACCGAAGGAGCCGUCGGAGCCGGAGACGACAGCGCCUCGCACCACGCCCACGCCGUCGCAGCCCACGACCAAUCCUGACGUUCACGAGGGCUUCUUCAUCUUCCCCGAGAACAGCGUAUGUCCGGACAACCUGUGCGCUUUCCUUGGUCAGCGGCACUUCCACUGCGUCCAGGCGCGGUGUCACUACGUGACCGACCGGGAAGACAUCCUAGUGCUGCAUUCCAAAGACUUCCACGACAACAUCGACAUCAUCGAGGGAUUCGUCUUCUACGACCGAAGCGUCGACUGCCGGCUGCCUGGCUGCCAUAGCAACAAGGUCAACAGGCACUUCCACUGCACGCGACCCAACUGCAGCUACUCUUUCGUCCGCUACUCGACCAUGAGUCUGCACGAACAGAAGCACAGCAGUCCUCAGCAGCAGCUCCGGCAGCAGCCCAACAGUUCGCCCUUGCAAGAGGAAGAGGACGAAGGGCCCUCGCCUCCGAAGAAGAAGUCCUGCUCCAGCGACGACGACCGAACCGCUAGUCCGGCCGCUAGUGACAGCUCCCAGAAGACGGUCGUGAAGUCCUCCGGAACCUUCUACCCGCUCUCUGCGUUCACGAAUAGCGGCGGCGGCAACAACAAUAACAGCGGCGUAGGCAAGACGGGCAAUGAUAACGGGAGCCACAACGAGGACGAAGACGCGGAGAAGGAAAGGCUGCGCACGAGUCCGGCAUCGAGCACGGCCUCUUCGCUGCCCGACACGGACCAGCAACCACUGAUGAAGCUCCUGAUGAAGCCGACCGCGGCGGCCAGCAUGCCGGUGGCCAACAUAAUCCCUGGCAUGGAGAGGCACGUCAUGUUCAGCGAGUGCCAGAGCUGCGGAAGGCCCUUCUGCAAGAAGAAGAAGCGGGAGCACUUUCAUUGCAACAUAUGCAAUCAGGCGUUCUCGAGCUUCUCCCGGCUCCGGCUGCACGUGGGCAAGCACUCGGGCGCUCCAAGUCCCGUGCCCGUGUACCCCGACGGCCGCACCACACCUUUGUCCGGGCAGUCUUCGCCGGUGUCAUCAACGGCGCAGGGAGAGUCGGACGCCGACGAAGAGCAAGAGACGCCUGGGCGCACGGACUCCCCGUCCUCGAAGAGGUCGUCGCCCGACCCGAGGCCCCAGGGAGGCCCUCCUCAGCUUGUGCCCCAGGGCUACCAGCCCCCUACGAGCACCACGGCGAACAGCAACAACGAGGAUCAGCAGCAACAGCACCCGUUCUUCAGCACGCCUCCCAAGCUGAGCCUGCAGAACAUCCAGAACAUGCAGAACAUGCAGAACAUGCAAAACAUGCAGCACAUGUUCUGGCCGCCCGUCUCGUCUCCCGGCAUGAUACCGGGCAUGGCGCCUCUCAACCCGGCGCUGCUGGGACUGGGCGACAUGGCGGGCCACCCCAACAUCGACCUGCAGCACUUGGCGCUCAUGUGCCCGUCGGGCGACAUGUUCUACAACUCGGCCAACCAGAUGAACGCUGCCGCCGCCGCAGCAGCCGCGGCCGCUGCUGCCGCCGCGGCGUCCGACCAGAAGCGGCCCCUGUUCGGCAACUGCAAGGGCGACGAGCCGCUCACCAUGGUGAGCGAGGCGAAGCGCAUGAAGAUGCCCAGCCUACGCAUCCUCAAGGACGAGCCCGUGCCCGAGGGCUACGUGCGGUUCCGCUUCAACGAGGACUGCGGCUACCGGCACUGCGGCUACCGCGAGCACCAGACGCACUUCCACUGCACGCGCAAGGACUGCGGCUACAGCUUCUGCGACAAGACGCGCUUCGUGCAGCACACGGCGCGCCACGAGCGACUGGACACGCUCAUGGGCGGCGACUUCCGCCAGUUCCGCGCCAACGUGCACUGCGGCCGCGCCGACUGCCCGCACGCCGCGAGCCAGGCGGCGGCCAACGGGCCGGGCGGCGUGGGCGGCGGCGGCGGCAGCAACAAGGCGUCGCACUUCCACUGCCUCAAGUGCGACUUCGUGUGCACGGACACCAACAAGGUGGUCGCGCACCGCCGGCAGCACGCCAAGCUGGACAGCAUCAACGCCGCGGGCUUCGAGAAGUACACGCCCUCGCAGAACUGCGGCGUCGACAGCUGCAACUACAACGCGAAGCAGACGCACUACCACUGCCUCAAGUGCCAAUACGCGGUGCUGGGCCUGUCGCAGAUGUCUUCGCACAAGUACCGCCACAUGGACUGAUUGACUGAGGGCGCUGGCGGGCGCAGCGGUGUGCGUUGCGGCGUCCGUGACGCGCUGCGCGAGCCGGUCACGUGUACUCGGCACUUUUGUGGUGGUGGCUGAGAAGACUGUCCGUCUUCUUCCUCCUCGCUCGCGUUUCUGACGAGUGGGUGUUGGACGACACCCGCAGUGCACGCGUGGGGACGAGCAAUCUUUUUUUGUUUGUUUUCUGUCGCAAUGAACUGUAGGAGCCUAAGAAUGUAGAGAAUGCCAAGCAUUCUGACUUAAUAGUGAACACUUGUUCCCUGGGCCUGCUUUGCUCUUCCUUUUAAUGUUUCGCUGGCGUGUUGUGCAUCGAAACGUGUUUUGGUGUCAUCGAGUAGGAUGGCGUUGUGUCAUCACAUUUGCAUCCGUUUACUUUCUUUGUUUCGAGACCUUACGUCACACGGUUAUGUGUCACAAUACAGUCGAGGUCUUGGUUGAGUGUGUGUAUUUAAGCGUUCAACCUGUACGGUGAGCGAGCAAGAACAAAUGGACAACGUGGGCUGCGGUGUCUGUGACGUAGUGAACAACGUGUGCAAUGCUUGGAUUGUCGAGCCUCUCUCCUUCAUUAUUAUUUCUUUUUUAAUAUUUCUUCCACUAGGCAACGUGGUGGAAGUCUAAGCCCUCGGUACCGUUUGGUCGUGAGGCCACUGUAUGCUGUUUACAGACUGCACAGCACGUAUAUAUAUACAUAUAUGUCAUGCAGUAUAAUUGAAAUAAGAUUAUGCACUAAAACAGAGGCAGUAAUUUUGUACAUUGCCAUUUUUCCCCUUCUCGCACGACAAGCUGUACGUACGUGUGCACGGUCUACAAAGCGGCUUUGUAGGCUUCCCGGUGCUUUAAUAUCAGCGCUGCUGUUCAUCAGUGCGCGCACGCAAAUUCUUUAUUAUUCUUGCACAUACCUGUAGGGCAACCAGUGCGUUGCGAGCAUCUUUUUCUUUUAGCUAUGUCUAUAUGCCCACUACGAGGGGUUGCGCGGUUCACUUUUCCAAUUUACUGGCGCCUUUUACUGAAUUAAGUGAUGUAAUUCUAAGCUUUCUUAUGGAAUGCGGAAUAUCACAACUUGCACAAGAACAUUCAUGCGUCGCGCUAAUGGGAGCGAAGUACUAGAAAUUUUCGCCCUUUCGAAAAAGAGGAAGUGUUGUUUGCUUGUAGUUGACAGUUUAUAUUUGAACGCGUGUUUCGUGUGUCAUGCCAAGACAACUUGAACCUUUCUUUUCCUUCGCUCUUUUUUUUCACUUUCGAUAUGAAGAAGGUAUACAUUUGUGAAAGGACUCGCCAGGGGCACUUGUAACAUUGACUGUAUGCAAGGUGACAAGAAUCCGGGCAAUAAGAAUUGUGAAAAGAAAGACCGAGCUUUAACACUUCACGCGUGUGUUGGUCCGCUCGCGUGUCAAGAAAAGUUAAUAUUGGAGUAGCAGUUUAGGUUAAGGAGGCUAGAUUGCUGGCUUGUCGAUGACGUGAAAGGCAGCUGCGUGCUUUGCUGAUGGCUUAGCUUGUAGGUCCACAACGCGAAAGCAAAACGUGUCAGUGGAGCUGUAUGCACCAAUGUAUAUGUGUACAAAUCACGCCACAGCGAAACGGAGCACUGAGAGUGUGAAUUGCUGUAGUUGAUGAAAGGACGGCAAAAGUGCAAAAGAGAAAGAAGCCUCUCAGAGGGAGCUGCUGUGGUCGCAUUUAUGAUAGAGCGUGGUUCAGGAAACCGUAUGACAAAUGAUUGUAUCUGCACUUGUUGUCCAGUUCAUUUGCUUAGUCUGUUCAGUACAUCAAACAAAGGAAAACAUAUUAGAUACUCUAGGCGUUGGAACACUUUCAUUACGCACCUGUGUUUCUGUGUCCGAAAGCAGCACUGUCGCCUGUAAACGAGGCUGUGUACUCUCACAAAGUUUAUAAACAUCGUGUAUUACGUCGUCGGUUAUAUCUGUAUUUAACUCAAAUUUCGAAUAUCAGCUUGUCUGUACCGUUGCAGGUCAACGUCACGCACUGCAACUGGCGCACUGUCAUCACGUGAACUUCAUUUGUAGCGCAUGACUUCAUUUUUCUUUCAAUCUCAUCGGUUAUUUCUUGAACAAGUUAGGUGCCUCACACUAUAUAAACAAGCUAACAGUAGGCCUAAACUGGAGAGACAAAGGCGACAUUUGGACAGGCUGUCGGUAAUUUGAAUGUCCUUCUUUGUUUUUUUUUAAAAAAAAGAGUCUUCACUACGUUUUCAUGGCAUCCAGUUGUGAGAGCCGUUUUCGUCACUCGUGAAUCGUUUGUGCGCUUUGCUUUCUCGGUUCUGUUUCAUUGUACUCUUCUUGCACACGGUAGCGAAUGCUACUUCAUUUGAUGAAAACUUCCGGUGAUCGCGUUUCCGAGGCGUUGCAGUGUGCCAGUGCAGGCACACCAACACUCGACUGUAUAUCAGAGCAUUUCAGCAAGUGGCGAUAAAUUAUAUACCCCCCCCCCCUCCUUCGUGUAGAUAACUGAUUAUUAUUAUUUUUCGUUAUUUUCAAGAGAAAGCCUAAACUCGUGGAUAACUCCAAUGUUCUUAUUGAAAUGCACGUGUAAUGCAGGAAUGACUCUCGUUAAACUACCGCCCAGCCGAUUUUAACGAAUUUCUUGACAUGUUAAAAGAAAGCGCUACAUUCUAGUGAUUGGCGGCAGCCCCCCGCAGUUUUACCGGAUGCUGGAAUCUUUUUACAAAGUCCGACGUCAAGCUUCAUAUAUAAUUACGCAACGAGUUCACAACUUUCGGACUCCGAAGAUCUGGCGCAUUGCAUUUCUGUAAACUGCAUUUAUAAGACCACCUGAAGCAAGAAAUCUGGCCUAAUAUACGCUCACAAAUAUAUCACAAUGUUACCAAAUAUUGGUAAGUGGUGAAAGGAAGAUCCAAACAAAAAUGUUUAUACCUUCAUAAUUGAGGCAUAAAAUAUAUGUUGCGUUUCGAUUUGCUAUGCCUAUUGAUGCCUCUAAAGUCGACGAACCUAGCGUACUAGUUUUCAGUUUAUGCGAAACCCUCGCUUCAUUUGCGCGUACUUUGCAAAAGUGCCGUUCCCAAAUUAUUCCUACAUAUUAAAGCACUGUACAAUCCAUCAGUAUUACCCGCUUUAGAUGCUCUAACGGGAGCAGAUAACAACAUUGUUGUGCAUUUCAUUACUGCAAAUUUAGAGACUGUUGCGCUCUAACUAUUUUUACCUUUCUUUUCUUACUCUUGGCCUGUAUUGUUAACAAACAUUGAGGGCUUCAAUACGAAAUCGCUCUGAACCUUUCCUUCUUAACACUAACAAACUUUAUUUAAAUCGGUUCAGCAAUUUCCCUAUGGCAGCAUUUGCGGGUUUCGACUUUUCAUUUCUUUUUAAAUAUGGAGACGCCUAAGUUUGUAGCUUACUCUUCUCGCCCGCUAUCUCAGCUUUUUUUUUUUUUUUAUACCGCUCCUCUUAGCGCCCCGUGGGAGUGAGCGUGGGGUAAAGUGUAAUCAACCCGGUGAUCGUACGCGUGAGCCUGAACCGCUGCAGGGCAGAUAACUGCGCGUGUCCGCGUUAAUGAAACACGUCUUCCCGCCGAAUGUACAGAAAGAGCGUGGCUGGCUGGCCUUGGCUUCUAAAGACGAGUAGCCGGACGACGAAACUAUAUAUCGUCGUUCCUUGUCCGGGUCUCUUUUUCUUUUUUUUUUUUUUCGCGAGCCGCCGAGGCAGGAGAGAGAGAGAAAGAGAGAAAAACCCAGCAUUAUUUUUCUAGGGAGAGAUUAACAGCCUGUCGCAAUACAGGAACCAAUUCUGUGCCCAUUUCUCCUUUACUUCCUUCCUUUAUUAUUUUUUUUUUCUUCGAGCUUGUACAUACCAUAAAUAUAACAGCAGGCGCAAGGCACGUGUUGCGACCUACAGUGGUCAGAUAAUCUAUGCAUACUACUUGCCCGUUCCCCCUAACCACUGUUUAUUGGAUUUCAGUGUCGUGGUAUAGCCCAGCCACACGUUUCUCCUUUUUUUUUUUUUUCCUUAGGUUCCUUCAGUGUACUUUGUCGUUUUUAUGAAUGGGUAGCCCACAUUUAUCUCUUGUCCUCUUCCUAUUUUGUUCCUGUACGAUAUACUUAACCGAACAGCUUCUGUGCCCAAACUUUUGGUUUUGCUUUGUUAUUUUUCUUUCCGCGAAGGGCUUUCGUGUUGCUGUCUUCCCAGCAGUUCAGAAACAUUCUGCUUCCGUUGUGUCAAGGUGGCGUGAAUGCAUGCAACUUUGUAAGCUUAACAUUGUCUAGGCGCAAUUUUUUUUCUGUUGUCCACACUUAGCACAAAAUUGUUCAUAAAUAUGCUCCGAGCAAGACUCAUCGAUGUACAUUGAUUGGUUGAUCGACUGAUUGAUCGAUUGAUCUGUCGCAAAACACAAAAAAGAAGUGGACUUAGCGUUGCAGUAUCUGCAGGCAUUUGCCCCGCCUUUAGCAACAGAUUUGAUUCCACGCCCCUACAGAACUGUCACUGACGCCUUUAAGUGAUUCCGAUAUGUUCUGGCGUUGCCUUUACUUUUGUAUCUGUGUUUUCCUGUAACAUUGUGGCGUGCGGAAGCUCUGUCAACGCUGCCCAAUGAUGCGCCCCGAUAAAACUCUCGCAACCGACGCUUUGACCAAAUGUUCAAUCAACGCUGCCGCAGUAGCUGUUCCUCUCGCAUCGUUCACUCGUUUCCUUUGUCUUGAGUUCGCACGCGUCGACUAGCAUGCCUCAAGGCAGAGAUGAGCGAACUUAUUUAAGCUGCUUUCCAAAGGCCUUUUUUAUUGUUUCGUUCUUUUUUUUUUUUCGUACUUUUGUUUUUUCUCAUCUUUGAUCUUUCUUUUUUUUUUCUUUUUGUCGUCUUUUCGUUUCUCCCCCCCUUCUUCGUCUCGUCCUGCACAAAUGUUAUUUAAUAUCGAGACUGUUCAGCGUGUGUGCCUCUUGUACAUAGAGGGAUGUGAUCACGAUUUUUAAUAGUGCUGUGUGUGCCUUACAUUUGAGAUCCCCAAAUUUCCCCCCUUAUCCUGUCUCCCAUUUCCGCAAAAUAAAGGAUGUGAUAGAAACAUACAA